AUGGCCAGUCCGGGUUAUCAACCGUCGCCCGAAUCUCUUCCUCUUGUCUCCACUCAUGCGACUGAAGAAAAUAUCAAGAGCUUCAAUGCAGUAAAGCGUGACGAAACAUCUUUCGCAUCUUCUUUGCCUGCCGACCAAGGUCUGUAUAGCAACGAGAAUGAGAAGGAUUCUUGUGGUGUGGGCUUCAUUUGUCACAUUAAGGGUGAACCUAGCCACAAAAUAGUUUCUGAUGCUCGUCAGUUACUUUGCGCCAUGACCCAUCGAGGAGCCACAGGAGCUGACAGUCGAGACGGAGAUGGGGCCGGUGUUAUGACUGCCAUUCCUCAUGGCUUCUUCAAGCGAGAGGCUGAAAGAGACCUUGGGUGUGUUCUUCCAGAUCCAGGAGAAUAUGCUGUUGGAAAUGUUUUCUUCAAACCCAAUGAUCCUGUUCAGCUCCAAAGUUAUCAAACUGUCUUCACCAAUAUCGCCACCGAGCUAGGUUUGCGUGUUUUGGGUUGGAGAGAAGUUCCCACCGAUGGGACCAUUCUUGGACCAGCGGCCAGCAGCAAGGAGCCAACCAUUCUCCAGCCGUUUGUAGUUCUUCGUGCGCAUUAUGGGGAUGCAAACACGAGCCAACACGGCACAUUUGAUGCAACCCAUUUUGAAAGACAACUUUAUGUUCUGCGAAAGCACGCUACCCACAGCAUUACUCUUGCCAAGGGCUUCUAUGUUUGCUCGCUUUCGUCCAAGAACAUUGUUUACAAAGGACAGUUAUCUCCGGCGCAGGUGUACAACUAUUACCAUGACCUGAACCAUGUCCUGUACAAAUCACAUUUUACAUUGGUGCACUCGCGCUUUUCUACCAACACUUUCCCAAGCUGGGAUCGUGCUCAGCCGAUGAGAUGGGCAGCGCACAACGGUGAAAUCAAUACCGUUCGAGGAAAUAAGAACUGGAUGCGUGCUCGAGAAGGCGUACUAUCUUCCCAGCACUUUGGUGACCAAUUGGAUUUACUCUAUCCGAUCAUUGAACAUGGUGGAUCUGAUUCAGCGGCUUUCGACAACGUCCUCGAACUACUUGUCGUUAACGGUGCCGUGACGUUGCCAGAAGCUGUUAUGAUGAUGAUUCCGGAGGCCUGGCAAGGGAACGAAGACAUGGACCCUCGCAAAAAGGCAUUCUAUAAUUGGGCGGCGUGCGUCCAGGAACCAUGGGAUGGUCCCGCUCUCUUCACCUUCAGCGAUGGUCGAUUUUGCGGUGCUAAUUUGGACCGUAAUGGCCUCCGACCCUGCCGUUUUAUUGUCACCAAUGAAGACAUUAUUGUCUGUGCGUCUGAAGUAGGCGCAGUUUACAUCGCCCCAGAGAAAGUUGUGCAGAAGGGACGAUUAAAGCCAGGUCGCAUGCUCCUCGUUGAUACGCUGGAGGGCAGGAUCGUUGACGACAAGGAACUCAAGCGCAAUACUGCAUCUAAACAGAAUUUUGCAUCUUGGGUAGAGACUCAUGUUCUUGAAGUGCCAAAUAUCAUCAAACGCGUCAAACGCAGUCAAGUUUCCCUUCUUCCCACACUUGACGACUCUACUCUCAGUACUGAUCCUAAACUACUUGCUUUCGGCUUCACUGUUGAACAGCUUAACUUGCUCAUGCUUCCUAUGGUCAUUGAUGGCAAGGAAGCACUCGGUUCUAUGGGGAACGAUGCCCCUCUCGCCGCCAUGGCCACCCAACCUCGCAUUAUCUAUGAUUACUUCCGACAACUCUUCGCUCAGGUCACCAAUCCUCCAAUCGAUCCUAUCAGAGAGAGCAUCGUCAUGUCGCUCGCCGCUUACGUUGGCCCCGAAGGAAAUUUGUUGGAAGUAAAACCGGAACAGUGUCAUCGAAUUCUUCUUCCCUCUCCCCUUUUAUCCAUCGAAGAGAUGAACGCCAUGAAGCAUCUCAAGGCUGCGUACACUACCUGGCCUUCUCGUACCAUCGAUAUCACAUUCCCCAAAACCGAAGGCCUUCCCGGCUACAGACGUGCCCUAGAACGGGUGUGCAGUGAGGCAUCACAGGCCAUUGACGAUGGUAUCAAAGUCAUCAUCCUAAGCGACCGUGCGACUGGUCCCAACCGCGUCCCCUUGUCGGCACUGAUUGCUUGUGGUGGCGUGCAUCAUCAUCUCACUACCCAGAAAAAGCGUGCCAAAGCCGCCUUGAUGGUGGAAACUGGAGAGGCCCGCGAGGUUCACCACCUUUGUGUGUUGGUUGGCUAUGGUGCUGAUGCAGUCUGCCCUUGGCUAGUGCUAGAAACCAUACAUAAGGUUGCACGGGAGGGACUUGUGAAGAAUGGCAAGACCGUUGACGAUCUAACGCAGAACUACCGUCAUUCCGUGGAUAAUGGUAUCCUCAAAGUUAUGUCGAAGAUGGGAAUCUCUACUCUCCAAUCCUAUAAAGGUGCCCAAAUUUUUGAAAUUCUGGGUCUCCAUAGUGAGGUUGUGGAGCCCUGCUUCAUUGGUACUGCAAGUCGUGUACAGGGAGCGACUUUUGAUCUCCUUGCUAUGGAUGCAUUUGAGCUUCAUGAACGCGGAUGGCCCAGCCGUGAUACGAUUCUUCCCCCAGGUAUGCCUGAAUCCGGUGAAUAUCAUUGGCGAGAUGGCGGCGAGGCGCACAUUAACGAUCCAGCGGGCAUUGCCAAUUUACAAGAUGCUGUUAGAGAGAAGAACCAGAGUGCUUAUGAUGCCUAUGCUAACAAUGCCAACACCCAAGCACAGAGCAUCCACCUUCGCGGCUUACUAGACUUCCGUUAUGAGAACGCAACACCUAUCCCUAUCGAACAAGUGGAACCUUGGAACGAAAUUGUUCGCCGUUUUGUGACUGGAGCCAUGUCAUAUGGUUCCAUUUCCAUGGAAGCCCACUCUGCUCUUGCUGUCGCUAUGAAUCGCCUAGGAGGCAAGUCUAAUACAGGUGAAGGAGGAGAAGAUGCGGAGAGGUCACAGAUUCUGCCUAACGGUGAUACGAUGAGGUCUGCUAUUAAGCAGAUUGCUUCCGGACGCUUUGGAGUCACUUCUAACUAUCUCGCUGAUGCUGACGAGUUGCAAAUUAAGAUGGCCCAAGGUGCUAAGCCUGGAGAAGGUGGUGAAUUGCCUGGUCACAAAGUCUCCGCAUCCAUUGCCAGAACACGGCAUUCAACUGCUGGUGUCGGUCUUAUCUCUCCACCUCCUCAUCACGAUAUCUAUUCUAUCGAAGAUCUCAAACAACUCAUUUAUGAUUUGAAGUGUUCCAAUCCCCGUGGUCGCAUUUCCGUCAAACUUGUAUCUGAAGUUGGAGUAGGCAUUGUUGCCAGUGGUGUCGCCAAAGCAAAGGCGGACCAUAUUCUUAUAUCUGGACAUGACGGAGGAACUGGUGCAUCGCGUUGGACAGGAAUUAAAUAUGCUGGCCUUCCAUGGGAACUUGGUCUUGCUGAAACCCAUCAAACUCUCGUUUUGAAUGACUUGCGUGGUCGCGUAACUGUGCAGACUGAUGGUCAAAUUCGAACUGGGCGAGAUAUCGCUAUUGCUUGCUUAUUGGGUGCCGAAGAGUGGGGCUUUGCAACAACACCGUUGAUUGCGAUGGGUUGUAUCAUGAUGAGGAAAUGCCAUUUGAACACAUGUCCCGUUGGUAUCGCUACUCAAGAUCCUCAACUUCGAGCCAAAUUUGCCGGUCAACCAGAGCAGGUUAUCAACUUCUUCUACUAUCUUGCAGAGGAACUUCGUGGCUACAUGGCAAAACUUGGUUUCCGCACUAUCAAUGAGAUGGUAGGACGUGCAGACAUGCUCAAAGUCAACGAGAAACUUCGCACACCUAAAACAGCGCACCUUGAUCUCUCUGCCAUCUUGAAGCCAGCUUGGCAAAUGCGCCCAGGAGCAGCAACGUACCGCAUCCGCCAACAGGACCAUAAACUGUACAUACGACUUGACAACAAAUUCAUUGACGAGUCCGAGCCUGCCUUGACGAAGGGUCUUCCGGUACAUAUCGAGUGUGACGUCGUAAACACCGACCGCGCUCUGGGCACUUCGCUCUCUUACCGAGUGUCCAAACUGUAUGGGGAAGAAGGCCUCCCUAAAGAUACCAUUCACAUUCAAAUGAAAGGGUCUGCUGGCCAAUCUUUGGGUGCGUUCCUUGCUCCUGGGAUAACUAUUGAGCUGGAAGGAGAUGCAAACGAUUAUGUCGGGAAAGGGUUGUCUGGCGGAAGACUUAUUGUUUACCCACCCAAAGAAUCGACAUUUAAAGCCGAGGAAAACAUUAUCGUUGGUAACGUGUGCCUGUAUGGUGCUACCUCCGGCGAGGCUUUCAUUCGUGGAAUUGCUGCCGAACGUUUUGCUGUCCGAAAUUCUGGGGCUAACGCUGUUGUAGAGGGCACUGGGGAUCACGGCUGUGAGUAUAUGACUGGUGGACGGGUCGUUGUGCUUGGUGUAACAGGUCGUAACUUUGCUGCUGGCAUGAGCGGAGGAAUUGCUUAUGUUCUCGAUACCGCCCACACUUUCGCCUCCAAGGUCAAUAUGGAGAUGGUCGAGCUCGGUAAAGUCAAUGACCCUCGAGAAAUUGCUGCACUUCGGAGCUUGAUUGAAGAUCAUCGCCAUUACACUGGAUCUGAAGUCGCCGAUCGCGUGCUACACGAUUUCCACCACUUGCUUCCUUUAUUCGUCCGUGUUAUGCCCCUUGACUAUAAACGUGUUUUGGAGGAGCAGAGUGCCAGAGAGAAAGAGGAGAAAGCGCGCCAGAGCGUCAUUGACCUCAUUCCUUCACGGACUGCUAGCCAAGUUGACCUCGCUUCAGAUGGGUUGCAAGAUGUUCUUCUGCCGAAAACCGUUGGUACAGUCACUCCUCCCGCUAAGCCACGUCAUGAACCCUCGUUGGUUGAUGUUGAAGAUUCCCUUGUCGACGAUUCGACGACCAAACAACGCCUAACUAAGCUAGACAAGACCCGUGGAUUUAUGAAGUACAAACGCCUAGGUGAAGCCUACCGUCCUCCUCGCAAGCGUGUCAAAGACUGGAAGGAAAUCUCUACUCGUCUCACUGAAAGUGAAUUGAAAUAUCAGUCUGCUCGUUGCAUGGACUGUGGUGUUCCCUUCUGCCAAUCCGAUUCCGGGUGCCCAGUUUCCAAUAUCAUUCCCAAAUGGAAUGACCUUGUUUUCAAGGGACAAUGGCAAGACGCUCUCAACCGCCUUUUGAUGACCAACAAUUUCCCUGAGUUUACUGGUCGUGUUUGUCCAGCCCCUUGCGAAGGCGCUUGUGUGCUUGGUAUUAACGAACAACCCGUCGGAAUCAAGAGUAUUGAGUGUGCCAUUAUCGACAAGGGAUUUGAGAUGGGUUGGAUGUCCCCCAAUCCCCCAAGUUUCCGCACCGGAAAACGAGUUGCGAUCAUAGGAUCUGGCCCCGCAGGUUUGGCUUGUGCUGAUCAACUCAACAAAGCAGGCCAUUUUGUGACGGUGUAUGACCGCAAUGAUCGUAUGGGAGGACUAUUGAUGUAUGGGAUCCCCAAUAUGAAGUUGGAUAAAUCCGUAGUACAGCGUCGACUUGAUCUUAUGGCUGCUGAAGGAGUUACGUUCGUGCCCAAUGCCAAUGUCGGUGUCGACAUUGAUCCUAAGCAACUUCAAGCAGAAAACGACGCUGUUGUGAUAUGCACAGGGGCUACUUGGCCCAGAGAUUUGAAAAUCCCUAACAGAGGGGCCGAUGGUAUUCACUUUGCUAUGGAUUUCCUACAGUUGAAUACCAAGUCUUUGUUGGAUUCUGAACUCCAGGAUGGUGGCUACAUCAGCGCAAAAGGAAAGGAUGUCAUUGUCAUUGGAGGAGGUGAUACCGGUAACGAUUGCAUUGGUACUUCCAUGCGCCACGGUGCCAAAUCUGUGGUCAACUUUGAGUUGUUGCCCCGUCCACCUGUUGCGCGUGGCCGUGACAAUCCUUGGCCACAGUGGCCUAGGAUCUUCCGAACAGACUACGGUCACACAGAAGUCGCGGCUCAUUUUGGCAACGAUCCCAGAGAAUACUGCAUCUCCACCAAGGACUUCGUAUUGGACGAUGAAGGCAAAUUGAAGGGGCUAAAUACUGUUCGUGUUGAAUGGACCAAGGAUAGUGGAGGCCGCUGGAAGAUGGAAGAAGUUCCUGGAUCCGAGAAAUUUUUCCCUGCCCAACUAGUUUUCCUUGCCCUCGGAUUCUUGGGCCCACAGAAUGAGGUGCUUCAGGCGCUGGGUAUUAAGCAAGAUGCUCGUUCCAAUGUGCAGACGCCCCCCAAGAAAUACUCAACCAAUGUGGAAGGUAUUUUUGCCGCUGGCGACUGUCGUCGUGGUCAAUCAUUAAUUGUUUGGGGCAUCAAUGAGGGCCGUGGAGCAGCAGCUGAAGUCGAUAACUGGCUUACUUCUGGCUCAUCCAGAUUACCUUCUGCUGGUGGUAUUAAAACGAGGACUUUCGGCCCUCCACCCAGCAAAAUUGCCCCUGAUGUUAGGGCGUAA